GAAAAUUCACAAAGACCCGACGAUUUGGCCCGAAACAGACUGAGACGUCUGUGGAGCAGCAGAUGAAGACGCUGAUGUGCUAUUGUGCCCCUGAAUGUGGGUCUGAUAGAAGGGGAGUCGUUGCUACCAUCCAUGGAAACAAAAGAGCAUGGGAAACAAGGGAAGAAAAAGGUCAUUCUGAAACCUAAAUCCUUGAAGUACCUGCGAAGAAAGUCGCAGAAUUACCAUAAAGAUGAUGGCACUCAAUGCUGCUACGGAACAGAUGAGGAGGAAUAUGUCUACAGAACGGUCCAUCGGUACUCCGCAACAACCUUUCCAUUAUUUUCUAAUAUGUCGGAUGAUGAGGUCAUCAAAAAGUCGAAAUCCAAACAGUUCCAAACAAAAGAAGUCAAAUCUGCAUCACAAGCUACUUCACAACAAUCAAAACCUCAGGCUGGAUGUAAUCCCACACUUCUACCACAGAGCCAAGUCAAAAAUGGCGAAAAUCAAACACUUGACAUAUUUCCAUUCCAAUCUCUUCCUUACGAAUUAAAGAAUAAAGUGUUUACCUACCUGAAUCAUGUGGACAAGGGCCUGUCCAUGAGGGUGUGCCGUGAGUGGAAAGAGCUACUUGCCAACCCAGUCAUGUGGAGCACGGUGAUGUUGGGUGACUUUCCAAUGUCAUGCAUGCCCUCAGAAAACCACCAGCAGUCCUCAAACUGUUACCUGUGCUACAAUGAACGGGUGCAUAGGUUUGCUAGAUAUUUACAAAUCCUCAACCCACCAAUAAAACAUCUAGAUUUCAAGUUUGAUAUCGGUGAGCCUGAUGACAACUACCUGGAGAUACUUCAGAAUUUCCUCACCAAGGGAAACCUUCAGUCUUUGGGCCAUUUCAACUUCAACUGGAAAGAAACACCGACGAGGCCAUUUUGGUCUGAAUGGUCCAAUUGUAAUGAUAUUGUGUUCAGACAAAGAUACAGGGGAAGACUCUUCGUGUACUUCUUUGAUGACCUCACAAAAGUGGCAAAAAAAAUAACUACACUUCUGCUUCCAUUUGAUUGGUCAGACAGAAGUGUCAUGUGUCUCACACGUCUACAGAACUUGCACACUUUAGUGAUAGAGAAAUACUUUGUGUUUCAAGCUAUGAAGCAAGACCUCCUUGACAAGUUGAUGGACGGCCUACCAAACCUCGAACGACUGAUGUUGGAAGUGUGGUCACCAAGUGGGCCUGGUCUCAUACCCUACACCAUCCGAUCCAAGUCACUGGAGUUCUUGGACAUUAGUCAGAGCCGAGGCUUCUAUCUGCAGGCACUGGACAUCCCAAAGAUGAAGCGGUUCCGAGUUGCUAGGCGACCUUGGAAUGGUCCUCUGGUGUGUGCUGACAGGAUUGCUCUCCCUUGUCUCUAUAACACAUUGGUGGAGGGGGCCCCUGCCCUGUCCAAGCUCAAUGAUCACUACUUGGAAGAAAGCUGGAAAGACAAUAUCUACCCAACCUUGGAAGAAGUGCUAAAAGUUGUCUGUUCUUGUCGCAAGCAUAAGAUAGGAUGGGCCAUGUAAUUCUGUUUAUAGUGUAGAAAUGUCAUGAUUGCAGCUGGAUCAGGAUAUAACUGAUGUUGUAUACAAAUCUUAACUAUUAGGGCACAACACAUUAGUAAAACCUUUCUAAACUAUUUUCAUAAGCUCUUUCAUCUUUCUCAUUUUGAUUUUUGACUUGCAAAAAAAAGAGGAGUAAAAUAAGAGUGGAUGGCACAUGUCUGAUGUGUCUGGAAAUAUUUGAGUAAUAAAUAAUAUAGCCUUUGAAAAACAACAUUGCUGAUUGACAGCUUUAACCAUGUGUUGUGUUGAAGGUUUAAGAUUUGUUUACAUCACCUAAAGUCCAACACAGAUGAAACUUUUAUUGUAGUAAAGAAAACCCUCAUUAUAAGUGUGUGAAUUAUGGUUAAGUCACAUGUAUGUCAUGUAGCUUCCAGAGAUGUCACAUGUACACAAUAUGAUGAUCACCAGACAUCGCACAUGACCAUCAUGUGAUCACCAGAUAUGUUACAUGUAUGUCAUGUGAUUACCAAAGCCACUCUCAAAGUCUGUAAUCACCACUUAUAUCUUCAGUCGUAACAUUUUCAAUUAGGUCGGUUAUUUUUAUUUUGUCAAGAAUGUUAACUACAAAAGGAAAGAAAUUUGUAAUUAUGAGGAAAAUAAUCAUGUGCCUUACGAUUCGUAGAAAAAGGUGUAAUAUUAUUUUAGUUAAGACAUUUGAGGGAAGGAGGCCUGUACAUGUAUAUAUAUACUUGUCUUAUAAAAAGUCUGAUCUUUUGGUAAUUAUGAAGAGUCCAAUAGUAUUUGAAUUAGCUGCAGACAAAAAGUACUUUUGAUACACAAUGAACAGGUGAACUCCAUCAUUAGGACAUAUAUAUAUAUAUGUACGUGUAUAACACAAUUUGAAAUCGAUAUGGAGGUGUGUAGCAAUAGCAAUACCAGUAAGUAUAUAUUGGUAUGUAAUUCGUAUUUAAGUGACCAGUGUUACAAGUUAGCCUGAGUUUCUUCUAGUCUAACAGACUGACAAUCUGACAGAUAAAUAGUAGAUGCCUGGUGUGGUGGAGCACACCACUGUACAAAACAUGGAAUUCUCUGACACUGAUUGUUCUCCCAAGGUUUUAAGUUGCUGACAAAAAUCCACUUGACACCAAAACAGUAAUUUAGUCACAAAUCGCUUCCUCAUUUAGUUCAUACUGUUCUUGACUUUCCGGGUUUGACAGAUUUAUGCUAAUGUCAUGAUCAAGUUACAGUGAAUCAAUUUAACAGAGUGCAGAGUUCAAUGUUUUGGUGUAGUAGUGAGUGGCUCUGGCCCCACACCAUCUAUCUGUCAAAAUGUCAAGGGCGUGGCUAGAAAUUAAUUUUAAAAAUCGUUAUUCAGCUGGGCUAAUAGGUUCCAAUUUUACUUGUCCAUUUGCAUAUUUUUCUAACCCAAUAUUAUUUUACAUAAGUAUAUCAAAUUUUAUUAGUCAAUCAGGCCAGCAGUUUGUAGAACCACAACCUGGUAAUCCUUCAGUUGCAGAUCAGAUUUCACUAGUCUCCGACUUCGACUAGCAGGUUUUAUAAUUAUCCUUCCUGUUGAGACCUGUUCAUGGGUCUGGUAUAUAUAGGGCUCGAGAGGAAAUUCUAGCCUCCAAUUUGCUGGUACACUCAUCACUAAUAAUGAGAAGUUGAUCAAUUGAAAAUAUAGAAAUGCAAAUGGACAUGGAAUAUUAUUUUUUGGUCACUUUUAUGUUCAGAUGACAGCAGAGGUUAUAAGGGAUAUAUAGUGGAUGUCUUCAUGGGAGGUUGUUUUAAAUGUUUAGUCAUACAGUUAUUCCGUCUUUGCGUAUUGCAGAGUUAUCUUCU